UUACAGGAUGUAUUGGGUAUUUCUGUUGGGGCUGUUUGGUUAUGCUAUUGCGGCGCAGAAUUCUUAUGAUUUAGAAACUAGAGCUGUUUCAUUUCCCGGAAAACCAAGUAGCUUAGGACCACUUUAUUCGCCUGGCUUAAGUUCAGCACAAGGAUUUCGUGAUAAUAGUUACGAGGAUAAUGCAGUGACACCCACCCCGUCAUCGGCGCCAAUUUUUAGAAAUCCUAAUCAACAACCGUUGUACCGAAAGCCAACGGUGACACCAAUAGACACUCGCGAUUAUCUUCAACAGACAGCUAUCCGCGUUAGUUCUCCACCGCGUGCUUCCGCUCGGGGACAGUCUCAAGUUGGUCCCAAUGGACCGACUCAAGAAGAACUCGAAGAAGAAAAGGAGGAGCCCGAUCGUCUCAGUCUUCUUCUACCCCAAAGUAGAUUCGAUUGUGUCAACAAGCAAACUGGUUAUUAUGCUGAUGAAGAUCUCAACUGUGAGGUCUUUCAUUAUUGUCAAGACAAUGCUAAACAUUCAUGGAUCUGUCCCGAAGGUUUCACUUUUCACCAGGUACAUUUAAUCUGCAUGCCACCCAGCGGCGACAUUAGCUGUAAGAAGAGCUCGGAAUAUCAUUUUGUCAAUGAAUAUUUGUAUAAGCCAUUGAAUCUUCAAGAAGCCGAGACUAAACCCAAUGUCACUUUAAGAUACAGUGAAAGGUAUUAUCCCGCUGAUAUUUAUACAGACGAAAGGGAAGUCGGCGAUUAUCAGAUAACUCCUACGUCUGCUCCAGUGCGUCGACCUGCUCCACAGGUCUUGUACAGGUCCUUGUGAAUCCACAGCCAAGUUUGAACAGCAUUUCCACAUCAGCUCGUUUACAGCCUACAGGACUUCCACAAUUUCGUUUCCCAGUAAAUCAGGUAUUCCGCAGUCCCGAAGAAGUCAACAUCCCUCUUCAACAUAGACGACCGCAAUCGCAACAGCAUCAAGUUCUCAGACGGUUCCCUCAAGUCCGACCUAAUGAAGAGGAUUAUGAAUAAAACUUUAGAUAUAUGAAUUCUUCAAUUUACUCCAGUGACUCUAUAACAUGCUGGAACACUUAUGAGAAGGUAUUUUGCUCAACAGGAAUAAGAUUGCGAGCGGAGAUUGUUUUGUUAGUCUUGCAUAUACUACGCUGAAAAUAUUAGCUUACAAGCGAAAAGUUGUAUUCAUUUAAAUAAGAUUAUGAUGUGUGAGUACGUAGAAUAAUGAUGUCAUUAAACAAUAAAUUUUUAUAACAGAUAUGACUAUAUAAUUAAUCUAUGUUAAUAUAUAAGUGCCAUAAAUAUGAUCUAUGAUAAUACAUAGCACUUUCGUCUCAUCAAUGAUAUAAUUACAGAAACAUUGGGAUAAUAUAGCGUAGUAUAUUGAAGAAACAAAGCCGCGCAAUGUCCGCGUAUGCUAUCUGUUUUGGCUUGGCUGCUUUCACAAUGGUAAGUGUUUCAGUUUAUUUAAUAGACUCUAUAAUAUAUUAGAACACUUACCAUUAUGAAAACAACUUGAUAGCUGAGAGAGCUAAGAGAGAGCUGAGAGAAAAAUAGUGUGCCGUUUGUUAGCGUUACCAGAUCACUUGAUCAAAAAAAGAAAACAGAGAUGAGUUCAAAAAUAACUUUGAGUACACCCAAGUAUUAUUUUAUCCUUGUCACAUUAACUCCUUAUUAAGUCCUUAUCACACUAACUAAUAUGAAUUUUACCCCAUUGGUAUCUUUCUUUGAUUUCUAUGUCUUAUGUUACUAUUCUGCCA